AUGGAACAGCAGCAAAUUUUCCACGUUUCUAUCGACGUUCGCCACGCAUUCGACUCUGCGUCGGUCGCGCCUGCUGUCGUGAUUUCGCCCGAGUUCCAAGUAAAGGAGACGAAGGUGAGCGGAAGCACGCACGCCAUUGCGUUCUUUUGUAACGGCAAGCACUCGCCGUUGCGGCUGCUGAUUGGGCAUGACGGGAAGACCGACAAGACGUAA